GAGCCCUGUGGAAAAGGCACUUCUUCAAAUCAGUGUGGCAGCCGCCCGCCCGGAGGGAGCGCCGGCCGCGCUUAGCAUGUCCUCCCCGCCCGGAGAAAAGAAAAGCGCACGUAUAGUGACAACGACUCUCCUGCUCACUGAACAUAUAACGAGGGAGGACCGAGGCUCCGAGGGAAAUUAUCUCCUCUAUGGAUCCUCUUGUGCCCAAAUCACAGAAGAAGCUGAAUACGUGAAAAAGCUUCCUGAAAUCUCGGGCAAUAAAGUGGAGUCAAAGAACAGUAUGUCUGGCUCCAGCUACWGUCCCGUUGUGGCCAAGAUGAAAGAAACGGAACAGCAGCUCUUGCUGGUGAGCAAGGAGAAUCAAGUACUAAAGAUCAAGCUGGAAGCUACAAGAGAAGCAGGUGUCCAGGCUCUCAGAUCUGCCUCCCAGAAGCUGUAUGAGAAUUACCACACUGGCUUAGAAGAACUUAGAAAAAGGCAUGAGAAGGAAAAGAAGCAAAUACAGGCCUCCAACCUGGAGCAGGAGCGAAAGCUGCAGCAGGACACGGAGCACGCCCGGCGCCUCGCCGAGGGCAUCACCGAGAAGUGCGCGCAGCUCUCGGAGAUGGAGAAACGCGUGCAGAGGAUGGAGGAGGAGAAGAMGACUCUGAUGGAGAGGAAGCUGUCACUGGAGCAGAUGCUUCUACAGAUGAUGUCAAAGAAAGAAGACAGCAAACGGUGCAYGGCUCUUCAGCUGGAGAUUUCCACCCUGCAGGAGCAGAUCAGCCACCUGCAGCGCCUGAUCCAGGCCCAGCACCAGAACCUGCGCCCCGUCAUCCAGGAGGUGGAAGAAUUGAACAAUGAACUCAGAAAUCAAGAUAAAAAAAUAGGAGAUCUGACAGAAAAGCUAAAUGCGCUUGAAGCUCAGAAUAAGGAACUUAAAGAAAAGGUGGAAUUAUGGUCGGGCCAGUCGACGAGUAAAGUCUCCAAAGGGGUCGCAACAGAUACGCUGCGAAGCUUUGGAACAUCGCCUUACUUGAUGCUCACCAGGAUGAGGAAGCAAGAAAGCUAGUACCUUGAGCCCUUGCUGCUGCUUUUGUGAAACCUGGUCCUGGGCUGCUGCUACGGAGCUGCCCAUGGCAGAAUAAACGUGGAAGCAAAGGUGGAGGUGCUGGAGGGAGAGGAGACCCAGGAACAGCCCCGGCACAGCCAGCACUGCUGCAGCUCCCCUGCUGCAGCUUGCAGCACGUGCUGAAGGACUCUGCCUAUGCAGGCUGCAGCAAAGCAUUGCAUUAGGCUUUGUUGGGUUGUUUGCUUGUUUUUUUAAUAAUAAACUUUUAGAUAUUGUUA